AUGGCUAUGGAUGAUUUUUGCGGGAAUAUAAUGACGUUGUUUAUCUCUGCAACUAUAGUUGUAUGUGUUCAAAGUCAACUGAUAACAGAAACACCUUAUAACGCGGUUGUUUCUAAAGAUGGAACCGAAAAUUUCAACACAAUUGCUCGAGCAAUAUUGUCGGGCCCUGACCACAGUGUCAAGCCAUUCUUCAUAAAAAUUAAGAAAGGCACGUAUCAGGAAUAUAUUACAGUUGAUAAAAAGAAGACUAAUAUAUUCCUAAUUGGAGAAGGGAUGGAUACUACGAUAAUAACGGGGGUCGCUGGCAAUGACUUUAUAGCCCAAGACAUAACUUUUAGGAAUAAUGUUGGACCCAUAAAACAUCAGGCUGUGGCAUUAUGA